AUGACACCUGCCAUCGCCUGCACAAGGCACAAGGGGACAGAGCCACGGGCAGCCAGCCGUUGUCUGCAUGCCCAUGCACCCGUUGCCGGGUUGGGGACAGUUGUCAGCCAUGGUGUCGUUCAGACCUGGCAGAAAUCCCGUAACGCCGUUACGUCGCAGGGUUACCUGAGCCGAUUUCAAGUUCACUGCGCGGCCGAACAUUCAUUGUCCCAGGUGGCACCAGAGGCCAUUAGGGUCCGCAAGGCCGACAAGCAACUAGUCGAGUCUGAUACUUGUAAUGGUCUCGAAGUGGAUUUUCAUGAAUCGUAA